GAUAUAGCUUCUGUGAUUGGUUGUAUAACUAAAGACUAUGAUGGAGGAACAUGUCAGUCCAUUGGCUGCUACAACACAUCUUCUUCAACACACACUGAGAAGUUUGUGCAUCCAUCAAAAUUCCCAGUGGGUAUAUGCAAUCUUCUGGAGGAUCUUGCCUAGAAACUACCCUCCACCCAAGUGGGAUUGGGAAGGUCAAGGGACUUAUGACAGAUCAAGAGGAAACAGAAGGAACUGGAUAUUGGCGUGGGAAGAUGGUUUCUGCAAUUUUGCAGCCUCAUCAUCUGUUUAUAAUGGGAAUUACUAUCAAGGGUUGCAACCUGAGCUGUUCUUCAAGAUGUCACAUGAGAUCUAUAGUUAUGGAGAAGGCAGGUUAAUAGGAAAAGUUGCUGCAGAUCACAGCCACAAGUGGAUCUACAGCAAACCUAUUAAAGAUCAAGAAAUCAACUUGGUCUCAGCAUCUGCAGAUUCGGUGAGAAAUCAAAAACCCCAUAUAUAUAUGAUCUUAGCUUCCUCAAUAAAUUCAGUGUUAAACCCAUCAACUGUUCGUGUUAAUUUGUUAUAUAUACAGUAUCCGAGGACUUGGGAAGCUCAGUUCCAAUGUGGCAUAAAGACCAUAGCACUGAUUAGUGUAAGAGAAGGAGUUAUGCAACUGGGAUCAGUUCAGAAGGUGAUAGAAGACCCGAGCCACGUGGUACAGUUAAGAAGAAAGUUGAGCUACAUAGAGAGCAUCCCAGGAGUGCUAUUGCCACACCCAUCAUCAUCAUCUUCCUUUUCUUGUGCACUAGGUUAUGGAGUUUCAGAACAAAAAUGGCUGCAACCUGAUGAACUUUCAUAUGACCCAUACUUGAAAGUGAGUCCUUCAAUGAGCAGCCUUGAGGCCUUACUGUCUAAACUACCUUCAGUGGUCCCGUCUCCUCCGCCGCCGCUGCCGCCGCUUCCACAGUCAGAGGCUCUGUUCUUAUCGUCCCAAAGGUCGGUAGAAUUGAUGGGAUUGCAGAGAGGAGUGAAGGAAGAUGUUGAGGACGAAUAUAAGCCUCAAGUGAUAGAGGUGGGUGAGACCAGCAGCUCCAUGCACAAAAGAAACGUAAUUAGCUAGUAAUUGAAGCUUAAUGUUGGAUUUUGAGUGAUUAAUAAACCCUUGGCAGUGGCAUUAAUUAGGCUACUCAAUCUUGGAAGGGAUUUAAUCAAAAUUAGUUCUGAGUUCUGACUCUGCUGUAAGUAGUUAAAUUCAGUAUUAUUGGAACACCUUGUGAUUU